UCCUUGUAAGGCGGAGCCUCACAUCUCACCGGCGGCCACUCCUCUACCUGCCGGCCUGCGUGCACUCGCGCGCUUCAGUCUCAGUUGUUGCAGGCAGGUCAGGUCAGGAUCGGCGUCCUACCCGUCGGCCAAGGGCGCAAGGAAACCAACCCAUAUGCUGGCUUGCUAGGUCCUUCCUCAUUGCUGCACCUUAAUCACCUGCCUGAGUGACUGACUACAUGAGGGUGAUGCCCUUUUCUCCGCACUUAAGGACACAUCUCUCAUCUUUGGAGUCAUCACAUUGAACAGAAACACCUUUUAACAUACUGUAAUCGUAUACGCCUCUGUUGCAGGUACUGACGUGGUUAAGAUAAUCUUUUUUUUUUCUCUGGAACUAGCAUGGUUAUGCAUUUUCAGCACCUGGGCUUGAGAAAUAACAAACUUACUAGCAUGUGAAUAGUCGAGUGGAGAGCAGCCCUGAAGUACUGCGAGGUUCUGUUCCUUUCACUCCAACCUCUGUCACGACCAACAUCUUCGCAAUAGGUCACCAUCGUCUUCGCAGCUCUGCCCCCAACCCCUCGCAGCUGCUAGGGGGAGGAGAGAAGAAGAAGAGCACAAGCAUAUGCAGCACACGGAGGAAUAAGACACUGGAUGGUUAGUCUGAUCUUCCGCAACAUCGUUCUUCCUUCCAGAACGUAACCUGGUUGGGGGCCAAUAACAGACAUACAGACACUAGCUCGGAUACAUCGAAAUCUUGAGUGAGCAAGAGGAAUGGAAAGAUUUUUGGUGAGCGCAUCUACCGGGGCCAUGUGUUCCCUCCUGGGGAAGUUGGGCACCAUGCUAAGUGAAGAAUUCAAGCUACUCAAGGGUGUUCGGGAUGAUAUCAAGUUCCUCAAGGAUGAGCUAGAGGCCAUGCAGGCAUUCCUCCUCAUGAUGGCAGAUGUGGAGGAACCUGAUAAGCAAGAUGAGCUCCGUGCAGACGCUGUCCGGGAGCUGUCCUAUGAUAUGGAGGAUAAAAUUGACAAAUUCAUGCUACUCAUCGACCAUGAAUCAAGCUCCCAGUCAGAUAGCUUCAAGGAUCUCUUUAACAAAAGCAUGAGGAAGAUAAAAAGUGUCAAGACACGUCAUAAUAUCGCCAAGGAUAUUAAGGACAUCAAGAGCCAAGUUGAUAAAGUCAGCGAGCGAUAUGCAAGGUACAUAAAUGGAUUUUAUGUCAACGAACUUCGUAUUGCAAUAUUAUUGUUUACGAUCACUUAUCAGUCCUCGUAUCUAACUUCUUACACCGCAAACAAAAGGUACAAGAUUGAUGUGUCCUCCAAACCUAGAAAUGCAAGAGUUGACCCUCGAAUUGUGUCUGUCUACAAAGAUACAGCAGAGCUUGUUGGAAUCGAUGGCCCGAGAGAUGAGCUUGUGAAGUGGAUGAGUAACAAUGAGGGCGAAUCAUCACAUAGACAAAAAGUUGUCUCUAUUGUUGGAUAUGGGGGUUUAGGAAAGACGACUCUUGCCAAACAAGUCUAUGAUAAACUUGGGGCAAACUUUGAGUGUCGGGCUUUUGUGUCAAUUUCACGUACCCCUGAUAUGAAAGGAAUUUUGAUUUCUAUAUUAUCUGAAGUCAGUAAUGGAAAGGUACGCGCCAGAGCAAGCUAUCAACAAAUCAUUGACCAGAUCAGAGAAGUUCUGACCGAUAAAAGGUACCUAAUCAUAAUUGAUGAUGUAUGGGAUAUUCAAACAUGGGAACUUUUGUAUUGUGCAUUAGUCAAGAAUGAUUGUGGCAGUGUAAUUAUGACCACAACGCGUAUAAAUUCCGUGGCUAAAUCAUGUUGCUGUUCUGAUGGGGAUCUUGUCUACAAAAUCCAUCCACUUGGUAUGGUUGACUCGAAGAAAUUGUUUUUCAAGAGGAUAUUUGGUUGUGAAGAGAAAUGUCCUCCUAGCUUGAAAGAAGCCUCGGAAGAUAUCUUAAAGAAAUGUGGUGGUUUACCAUUGGCCAUCAAUACCAUAUCUAGCUUGUUGGCUACAGGGAAAACAAAAGAAAAAUGGGAUCAGGUUCGAAGUUCUAUUUGCUUCGUGCAAGGCAAAAGUUCUGACAUAGAUGCUAUGAGUUACAUAUUAUCUUUGAGCUACCUUGACCUUCCCCUUUGUCUAAGAAGUUGUCUACUGUACUUGACUAUGUUUCCCGAAGAUUAUGAGGUUGGAAUGGAGCGCGUAGUACAUAGAUGGAUUUUUGAGGGUUUCAUCCACGGCGAAGAUAAGGAAGACCUUGUUGAACUAGGAGAGAAAUAUUUCCAUGAGCUUGUUAACAGAAGUUUAAUAAUGCCGAGACGCAUAUGGUGUGAUGGAAAGGCACAAUCUUGCCAAGUCCACGACACCGUACUUGAUUUCCUCAUUUACAAGUCUAAUGAAGAGAAUUUUUGUACCCGGUUAAGCAAUCAUUCAAAGCAAGAUCGUGUAGUUCGCCGCAUCACUCUCUUGGGAAAUGAAGACCGAGAAAGUGUCGAGCAUUUGGAUUUAUCACAUGCCCGCUCACUUGCUGUUUUUACCUAUUCUCAGGAUUACUUGCCUCCCCUUGCGAGGUUGAAUGCUCUGCGUGUGCUGGACCUAUGUAACUGCGUUGGAUUGGGAAAUCAUCAUGUCCAAGAUAUCGGAAGGCUUUUACAACUGAGGUACUUGAAUAUCGCUGGCACAAAGAUAACCAAGCUUCCUAGAGAAAUUGGAGGCUUGCAGUUUCUAGAGAUGCUAGAUGCGUCAUACUCAGAAUUACACGAGCUUCCUGAGUCGGUUACUCGGCUAAAACGACUAGCACGUCUUUUUGUUCCAAAAGAAACUAAAUUGCCCGAUGGUAUUGGAAACAUGGAGAACUUGCAAGAGCUUGGGCAUGAUAUGAACAUCUUUGUGCAAUCAGUGAAGUUCCUGGAAGGACUUGGCAGAGUAGCAAACCUGAGGCAGUUGGGCAUUUGUUGGGACAGCGAAAGUGACAAAGCAAGUUCCAAGGGACAAAAGCUAGUGUCUUCUCUAUGUAAAUUGGACGCAUGCAAGCUUUGUAACCUCUGUAUUGAAUUGCAUCUAAGAGAAUACGAUGGCAUCGUAGGACAUCCGUCCUUGCCUGCACUCAAGAGCAUCCGAAAGAUUAGACUUAGGCAUGGGCAACUCUCUUGGAUUCCGAAAUGGCUUGUUUCACUUAUUAACCUAGAAAUAUUGUUUAUCAAUGGCACAGAAAUGGAUCAGCAGGAUGUUGAAGUGCUUGGAAGCAUACCUAAACUGCUUGAAUUGAGAGUGUUAACCAACUGCAUAGAGCACACCAUCACUAUCUCUGGGGGAUUUCAACACCUACAAAGACUUGUGUUCAAUGUCUAUGCAACAGAGUUGAUGUUUGAAGCGGGGGCUAUGCCGAAUCUUAAAGAGCUUUAUCUCGGUAUUCGCCUGCGUAACUACAGAUACGGUGCUGGUUGUGGUUUUAAUGAUUUCGGCAUCGAGAACCUCUCCCGCCUUGCUUGGUUCCAUGUCCACAUGGAUUGCCGUGACGGAAAGGCUGCAGAUUUGGAGGCUGCAAAGGGUGUUUUCAAGAGGAUGGCCGAUGCACACCCCAACUGUCUCACGUCUGAAAUGUACAUAGUAUUCUCCGAUAUGUUGCAGAAUGAGUGAUAAAAGGGCGUUACAUACUCUGAAUCCUGGAAGCCAAACUAUUGUGAUAGGGUCAGUUAUUUCAGAACAAAUCUCUAGUGGAUAUGAAAGAAACACUUUCUUCUCCAUUUCCAGUCCUUGUGUUUUUGUGACUGUAUAAACAUCCAUGCUUUGAUGAAGCCCUGUAUUUUUA